AUUCACAAAAAGAACAGCAUUGCGGCUAGCUUUGGAAAUGUCCGGAGGGGAGCGUAGAGAAUGGAAGCGGAGGGAGGACAUAAGUCUGAUACCGGACAAGUCCCCCGUGCCAGACAUAAUUCUCACUACGCCCACCCACCGUCUGCCCGCCUCCGCCCGUCUAAUUUCUACUCUUAACUGCCAAAUUACACACUGAGAUGGCCUCCAUGGCCAUGCCGAACAUAGCCAUGCUCUCCGUUCAUGAUCCUGGCCCGGCGAAUGACUCGGAGUCUGUCAACAAGUACAAGGAGUACAUCAAAUGUCUUCCUUAUGCCUGCGAAUCCGAGGAGCGCAUGCUAGAAGUCCUCAACUUCGUGGUCACUCGCAUUGAGCAAUGUUGUCUCGCCCGGGACUAUGAACCUGGAUUCAUGCAGUGGGACUCAAUGCUGACCUAUCUCACAAUGCUACAGUAUCCCAUCCCCAAAACCACUCGUGUGAGACUUGCCAAGAUUUACUGGCACAUGAGUACCACGCCCGGAAUUCCGACACAGGUCAUGGCGACAUGUGCGGACGGGUUUAAAAGCCUGACAGAGAGCAAGAAGAAGAUAUCAAUCCAAGACUUGAGACUGCCGUGGCGUCCCAUCUACGACAUUCUCUCGCAGGAGCUAUUCCUGACGCGCAGACAGUUCGAGUAUAAUCAGCUCUCUUGGGUUAUGGGCUACAUUGCGGCUAACUCGCGACGGUUUUUUCACCCCUCCGCAACGAACGAAAUGCUGUCGGUAUUCGUUCCACUUUUCAACGCGACGGAUCUGGAUUAUGUCCUAGCCGCGCAAUUCCAUCUACUCACGUUUCUUCCGCUCACACAUCCGCAAUCAUAUCUACCGAUGCUCUUCAGGUUGUGGGAGUCUGUGAACAGCUAUUCGUUCGACGAGAGGUUGCUCGAGUUCCUGUCUGAUAUCUCUGAGAUGCAUGUAGCUUCUCACGUGAGCGACCCCCGAGAACUCGAGAAUCUGCCAGAUGAUGCGCGGUCGAGCGCAGAUUCUCGACCGGAAUGGUCCGAUGAUGAUCUUCCAAAGAUGGUUCCUUGGCCGGGCAUCUACCAAGAUGUGGGCGUGUUCACGGAUCACGAAUGGGGUUUGUUGAUGUCGAAAUGCAUCAACUCGUUUGAGAUCCCCUUGGCGGACGGCGGGUCGCUCACCACUGGGCCCACGGCAGACCGAAGUAUCGCUGCCGAGAUAGGGCGGCUGCCAAAACCAGCGUGGAGAAUACAAUCGCUGGCCCGGAUCAUCGUGUACUCGAUGGCCCCCGACGGAGUGCCUACUCCCGGCUCGAACGCACCCACUCCCUUCUUCACACCUGCCCCUUCUGGGAUGAACACCCCCCGCAUCGGGACAGCGAAUGUGCAGCUCAAGGACUACCUCUCCGUCCCUCUGAUGCGCCCUGGAGCGCUACUGUCGAAGCACAAGACGUACCUGGCAGGAUCCAAGGCGCUCGACUCGCUUUCCCGCAUCAUAGCUUCGCUCGAGAACUUUUUCCAUCCGUCAAACUCGGGCCCGUUCACAGCUGAUCUCGCAGCGUUCAUCAAGUACAUCGCAUACGAUUUCAAUCGGCGUUGGUUGGAGGAGCAGCAACCGGACUGCAAGACACCCCAUAACCGCCGGCUGACCAAGCUCAUGAGGCGCGAGUUGGUCAAAACUCUGCGGACUGUCGCACUGCUGGCGAUGUUCUCAGAGGACACGCAAACCGUGGGAAACAUUCAGAGCUGCCUCAAGUCCAUGAGUGUCAUGGAGCCCGAUCUGAUCUUGCAUCCGGUUCUGGAGCGAGCUGUCCCAGCUUUGGAGACGUUGAUCGAGACCGACAGGACGCUGGCUGUCAUCAAGGCUCUGGGUGCGGUAGCUCCUGCGAUCGUUUCGCGCAAAGUCUACUACCCGGGUGCGAAGUAUCUCUUGCCGAUCCUCGAGCUGUUGAUCCCUGGCAUUGACUUGAACGACCCGACGAAGACUCUAUACACCACCGAAUUCCUUGUGGAAGCUGCGCAGUACAUUAUGUUUGCUGAUGCGAUGCCUCUCGAGGGCGAAGAGGAGCAAGAACAUUCCCACUCUCGCACCAACGGGGUCAACGGGGCGAACGGGGCGAACGGGGCGAACGGAGCCAACGGGGUCAAUGGCCACGGCGGCCACAGCGGCUACAGUACACCCAGGGGAUAUAAAACUCCGCGUUCUGGGACGCCUACGUUGCAAAUGCUGUCGUUUUCUCUGGAGGAUUGGCCCGGCGACACCGAAUUUCCCCGGGCCUCGGAUGAAGAGGAGGAUCUUGCAGUACAGCAUACGACGGCGAGCUUUGCUGACUGGGUAACUCAGUUCAUCCGGCGCGUCUAUCAGCUGCAAGAGUCGUUACCCGAAGAAGGUGGUGGUGCGGCUGAAGGUUGUAGACGCUGUGGGCCGCGCAUGCCAGAGGCGAGUCUGAACUUGGAACUCCAACUCUCUGUCUCACGCAAAUGCAGCAUCUGCGCCCAUCUCUCUGACUCGCUGUACGAUCUGACUCUCGACAUGGUCUAUGACUACGCCAGCACCAAUGUCCGCGCUAACGCUGUCCGGGGCAUCCAUCUGCUCAUCGAGGCUCUGGCCAACGCCAAUCCCAAGAAAUGUCUGAAGAAAUUCUUCCAGCUCUGUGUCACCAACAUCCGUUCCGAGAUCGAGCACGGCGCGAGUUCGCUGAGGACAACCUCGGCUUCCACUCCUCUUCCAUCGGACGCCACGCUUCACUGGAAUCUAGCUAUUCUCAGAGGAUGCAUUUACAAUGAUGGCAACACGGUUCUUCCGUAUCUGGAUGAGUUGAUCGCGUUGUUCCGCCUGCUUCGUGACAAAACUUUUUCUAACCGUGGGUUUGCCUGGGGCGGGAAACUGAUCUCCAACGUGCUACUAACUCUGACGCACACGUAUCCGCUCGAGAACCGCUUCGUGAAUCCCGACGAAUGGGCCAGUGAAGAGUUCCGCCGCAACCAUUACCUUCACUGGGGCAAACUGUACAAACUGGGAGAUGUCAAGAUCUCUUGGCAUGUGCCGUCACCUGUGGAAAUCGAUGCUGCACUGCGGGUGUUCAGGGAAAUCGUCGAGCCGACGCUGGAGAGGUUGACACUUCUGCUGGACCCUUCUGUGACACGUGAUGCCGCGUGGUCCAACGACUUUUGCCGAUACCUGUCCUUCGUCACGAACGGCUUCUCGGGGAUCCCGACUCUCACGAGAGACCAGUAUGACUCGGAGGCGUUCCGUCGCUCUAUGAAGACAAGCGACAUCUUGCAUGAGAUCGACGAUAUGAUUGGGGUCCUCGAGCCCAUGAAUGCCGGAUUCUCGCUGACUGACCCAGCGGACCCAAGGUACCAGUACAUCACCUCUCUCCGCCAGCGGUACGGGGAAUUUCUGCAUGAUGCGUCGCAAUCGUUGCUGCUGCAAGGGGAAGCGAACACUGUCGAUCCGGUUGAGGCACUGCUCGAAGCCAUACGUGUCUAUAUGUUGGACUACGGAGAUAGCAAGGAUGGUUACUUCGCGAACGAGAAGAAAUACGAGACAGAGAAAAACAUAGCCCGGCAUUUCGCCAAGCAGAAAGUGUGGCCCAGAUCCGUGUGGAUCCGCCGUGCGAGAUUCUACCACUCCGCGCGUCUGCGGUGGAACUCGAUCGAGAGGUUGCGGGGGCCGCUCGAGAAUGCGCUGAUCGACGAUCUGGUCGAGUGGUCGCUUUCGAAUUACGCGACGAUCCGGUCGUACAGCCAAGACGUGCUGGACUCGGUUUCUGCAGUGUACGACGGGGUCCGGCGCCGCGCGCUGCCGAAGUUGUAUAGCGCCCUCGCUCCCGGGACCGAUGAUGAUCGCAUGAAGGGUGCUUUGUGGACGCUGAAUCUGAUGUCCUUUGGGAAGUAUGCUGCAGGAGAAGUCACCUUAGCCCCUCAACUCAUCGAAAAGCUGUUCGCUUGUCAGCACAACGAAAAGCCCUCCAUCCAAGAUGCUGUAUCGACUGUUGCAGAGAACUGCUUGAAUAGUCUGAGCGAGGCCUCUGAUCUCGUCUACAAGCUCGAGAACAAAACAUUAGAUGCGAUUCUUGCUGAGAGACAACUGGACAAGGCCGAGCUUGCCCUGGCGCGUCGUUGUGAGCAAAACAGACUCGAACGCUCUCGUGUGUCGAAUGAAGCGUCGAAGGAACUGGUCAGGACCCUCCUCGCCAUCGGCAAUUCCUCCAAAACGCACUGGAAGUACGAGAUUGCCACCAUCCGAUGUCUUCGUGCGAUCAUCCGCCGGGACGUGCCUACUAGCGCCGAGCAAAUCCGGUUCUUCAUGCACAAGACAUACGACAGCAAUCCCAAUCUACGAUACUACGCCCAACGAGCAGCGAUGAAGUGCAUGCGCUUCGUCAAACUCCGCUCUUACUGCCCGACGCCAAAAGACCUUAUCCUCGGGAAAUGCGUCAAUCCGCUGAAGCAAUCGCUCCCGGUCCAGCCCACCCCGGAUCUGGCACGUAACUAUCUAACAGCGUACACCCAACCGCUUGACCUGGAUCGGACCGGUGAUCGCGGGCAUGUGUACUUGGACAAGGAUCCCGCGCCGGGCUGGCUUGCCUGGGGCGACUCGGUCACCCUGUGCCGGGUGCCGGACCGGGUGAAGUCGACGUUCCUGCCGUGGGAACGCGGGAGCGAUGCCUUUGUGGGCGUCGUGCGCGAGCUGGCGACGUCGAAGGCGUUCUGGGAGCAGCUGUCCGUCUAUUUCGGCGAGGAGAACCACGAGUCGACGAUCGUCAUCGACAAUGUGUCGUAUGUCAAGUCCAUCUUCCAGCUGCUUGAGGACGAGCCGUUCGAGGCCCUGCAGCCGGUGCUGUACAAGCUGCUCGACGAGAAGGAGCUGGACAAGCAGCGCGCGCUGGCGGAGUUCACCGCCGGCGUCAUCGGGGGGUCGAAGCACUGGCCGAUGGACAAGCAGGACGCGCUCUGGGUGUGGUUCAAGCCGGUGAUCGUCGAUGCGUUCAGCCAGAAGCUGAAAACGGAUACGGUCUCGAUCUGGCAAUCGCUUAUCGAGUACCUGUUCCAGAACAAGGACCCGCGUCGUCUCCAGCCGUUGGUGGAUCACAUCAUGGAGCUUUGGACGCAGCUGGACUUCCAGCCCGAGCUCGCAUUUGAUGCCACCAAGUACUUGUCCAUCUUCAAAUCGUUCUAUCGUGAAUUGAACUGGAAAUUCCUGGGAUGGACAGACCAAGCGGUAGAACGGUACUGGAAACAGCUGGAAGUCAACGAGCACGAGGACGUCCGCGCCUUCAUCGCCGAUAUCCUGCUAUUCUCCAACAGAAUCAAGUCAUCGCCGCGCCCGUCCUGUCCUUCGACCGAAGUGUUCGUCAGAGAAUGCCGGACGUUGCCGGUCAGCUACGACAUCAUGGGCAUGCGCGGGAUGUACCACAUCGAUCGCUUUACCGAGCUCGUCGGGAAGUUCCAUGUCUGGCGGGAGGAGCGGGUGUCCGGCGUGCGCGCUUUCCAGUCUACUUACGACAGGGUCGGCAUCACGAUCUGCAAGUUCCUGUUCCAGCUGCUGCUGAAUACCUCGGCCAGCGCUGUGUUCGACUAUGUCCUUCCUCUGAUGGCAAGUUCUGGCAUGCUCACAGCCGUGUCUGAUGCUGACGAUCCUGACACCGCAGCCAGAGCUGUUCAGGUUCACAGAGCCGCAGUGAAUGAUAACCAGGAUCUGGCCACCAGAGCCAACGAUGUGCUCGUUCAGAUGUGUGGUGUGACUGUUCCUGUCCCGUUGAUCAAUCCCUUGAUCGACGGGAUAUUCGAGUCCAUUCGCAACUCCCCAUCGUGGAAGGUCCGGUUGAAGGCGAUCCCUCUCAUCCAAAUCUUCUAUUUCCGUCAACUGCCUCUGAUCUCAGACGGAAAGCUGAUUGAGAUGCUCGAGGUUUUGUGCCAAUGUCUAGACGACGAGGUCAUCAACGUUCGAGAAAUGGCAGCUACGACGUUGUCAGGGAUUCUGCGUCUCUCACCCCGCAGACACAUCCUCACACUCCGCGACCGUUUCGUUCAGCUGAUCAAGAAGAGUCACAUCCCGCCGCGCUCGGAUCCUGCGUACGCGAAGAGCCUGCGCCAGCGCCAUGCCGCUAUUCUGGGCGUCUGUGCCUUGGUCGAUAGUGUUCCCUACACGGUGGAGAAGUGGACCCCGGAUCUGCUGACCAACGUCCUCGCCGAGCACACUUAUGAUCCCGCCCCCAUCUCAACAACUGUGCGCAAGUGUGCGCGUAACUUCAGCCGCACCCACCGAGAUACGUGGCACGAAGAUUCAGCCCGGUUCGAUGAGUCCCAGCUGGCAGCGCUGUCCACAUUGCUCACCGGAUCAUCAUACUCUCGCGUUCUAGACCCGCGGGCGAGUCUCGUGAAAAUCAGUGUUGCAUUCUACGUCGUAGAUCUCGCCAUCGACCGCCCUGGUGUCAAGCCGCUCCUGACUUCGCCUUGCUCUCCUCCUCCUCCUCCUCCUCCUCCUCCUCCUACCUCAUGUUACUUCAAAACUCUCCUCCGCGCCCGGCGCCCUCGUGCGAAAUGCGGCAGGACGGGGCAUAUCGUCGACCGCACGACGCGCAUUGCCGGAGAGGCAUCGGGACCCUCCAAUUGCCAUGCCCCCCGCCAAAAAGCUUGCCAUCGGUCAGGCGUCCUGCUCCCUAUUCCGCCCAUCUCUCGUCCUGACCAACGCGCUGCUUCCCACAGUGACCUGCAUGGACGCGCGGAUAAAGUAACGUCCCUCCCCGCGCGACUGCCGUGCCCGAGAUUCACCAGGCGCACCAGCCCGUUCAAGCAGCUCGGCUUCAAGGAGGGCGACGCGCAUAUCAUCCGCAACGCCGGGGGCAUGGCGAAGGACGCGCUGCGCAGCCUGAUCAUCUCCCAGCGCCUGCUCGGCACGCGCGAGAUCGCGGUCUACCACCACACGGGCUGCGGGAUGGUCACGUUCAACGGCCCGGAGCUCAAGCAGCUCGUCAAGUGGGCGAGCCCCGGCGACCAUGUGUGCGCGCAGCAGGUCGACGGGAUCGACUUCCUUGAGUUCUCGGACCUCGAGCAGUCUGUCCGCGACGACGUCGAGUUCUUGAAGUCCAGCCCGCUUAUCAUGAAGGGCACGAAGAUCACCGGGUGGAUACACCAGAUAGAGACGGACCAGGCUACGCGGGUGGUGUAACUGCGAGCAAAAGUAGAUGUAGUACUAGUAAUACAGCGGUAGAAAAGUGCACAAGCAUUUG